AUGGACUUCAUCACACAGCCUACCCAACAAGCUACUCAAGCCACUCAGAAGUACGUUAUAGAGAAAUUCUCACAAGAACAGAUCGAUGAUGAUAUCGUGUGUCGAAUGAUAUGUACCAAUGGCCACAUACCAAUUCGGGACCUCAAAGCCGAGCUGCGUGAAGUCAUUCGCAAGCGCGAAGGUAUCAAAAAGACCUGGAUAUUCGGUCGAAACCCUCAAAGUGACUAUCAUUUGGGAAACACAUCGCGCUUCUCCAACAGACAUUUCCAGAUCCUACUGGGUGAAGAUGGUAACCUUUUACUCAAAGACACAUCAACGAACGGAACUUGGCUGAAUGGUGAACGUAUGGAAAAAGGCAGGAAUCACCUUUUAUCACAAGGAGACGAGAUAACGGUGGGUAAAGGAGUUCCAGAAGAUGUGAUAAGUUUGGUUAUAUUCAUCAAUGAAAAGUUCAAGCAGCGGUUGGAAACGGCCAAGCUACAGGGUCUCAAACCUACCAAAGGAAAGAAUUCCAAGCAAGCUUCUCCCAAUGCAAACUUGACAGGAAUUCACAGGGACUACACUAUAAAAGAUGAGGUUGUAGGACAAGGAGCUUUUGCAACGGUAAAAAAAGCCGUUGAGAGAAGAACCGGCAAAACUUAUGCUGUGAAGAUAAUCAACAAGCGAAAGGUAGUGGGUAAUAUGGACGGUGUCACUCGAGAAUUGGAGAUACUGCGACGACUGCACCAUCCAAGAAUAGUGCGUUUACAAGGAUUCUAUGAGGACAAAGAUAAUUAUUAUUUGGUUAUGGAGUUUGUAUCAGGAGGUGAUCUAAUGGACUUCGUAGCGGCUCACGGAGCUGUGGGAGAAGAUGCAGGACGCGAAAUUACUCGGCAAGUCUUGGAAGCUGUCACAUACAUUCAUGCGAUGGGCAUCAGUCAUCGGGAUUUGAAACCUGAUAACAUUCUAAUAGAACAGGACGAUCCAGUACUUGUCAAGAUUACGGAUUUUGGACUGGCCAAAAUACAAGGCAACGGUACUUUUAUGAAGACUUUUUGUGGGACAUUGGCGUAUGUUGCGCCUGAAGUGAUCAGCGGUACGAACUCUGAGGAAAAAGAGGGAAAUAAAUACUCAUCCAUGGUGGAUAUGUGGUCAAUUGGAUGUCUUGUGUACGUGAUUUUGACAGGCCAUUUGCCAUUUAGUGGUAGUACGCAAAAUGAGCUUUACAAACAGAUCAGCGCUGGAUCGUACCACGAAGGUCCUCUGAAGGACUAUAAGAUCUCUGAUGAGGCAAGAGACUUCCUGGAAUCAUUUUUACAGGUCAACCCUAGCGAGCGUAUGACGGCCGAACAAGCGCUACAGCAUCCGUGGAUCAAAGCUACGAAGACGUCAGAUGCAUUGGACUCUCAAAUUAGUCUCUCCCAGUCAAUGUCUCAACAAAGGCCCGGUGAGAAUCUCAGCGACGCGCAGCAACAAUUUUUGAAUAUGAGAGCACUGGAAGAACAGAAACGGGAACAGAAACCACACAAGAUUGCCAGUCAAGCUCCAGAAGCGGCAGCGAGCCAGAAUUUGAAGCCAUCCCAAAAACCAGUUUUCAAAGUUCCUGUACGAGCACCUGUUCGACUAACGCAGCCAUGCGUGCCGGCUGAGAACUCGGAGCCCGACAGUUUGAAGCAGGUAAGAACAGCAAAUUUUGACGUCAAUUAUUCCAUUCCUUCGAGCUACGAAGAACAGACCCCAGAACAUAUCCCACUCAGUAAAGUGGAUCCUAGCCAAGUUGAGAAUAACGCAGAUCACGACGUGUGCAUCAAUACGGAUGGUGUGUCGCUCGCAGGCGGGAAGUUCAUGACACUUAGAUCCACCGCUCACAGCGCUAUAAAGGGCAUUGUAGAGAUAAAGCAAGGUGUCAACCCGUUUUUUAUUGGGAGAUCGCCUGAGUGCAGCUGUAAGAUCGACGAUAAUCGAUUAUCGCGUGUGCACUGUUUUAUCUUGAAAAAACGACACCCGAUUGGUGAUAGCAUUUACGAGUCUCCAGCACAAGGUCUCGAAGACCUAUGGUACUGCCAUGCGGGGACCAACAUGAGUUACUUGAACGAUGUUCGGCUCACACAUGGCACUAAGGCUUUACUGCACGAAGGCGACGAAAUCAAGGUAAUAUCCGACCGCGUCAAUAAUUUUGUGAUAUCGUUUGUCGUCGAGAUCAACGACGCUACAGGGCUGUUCAACCAAGGAAGACUUCUGGCAGGCCAGCAGCGGCUGGUUGAGCCCCAGACCGCAGAUGAGCUCCAAUUGGCCGACAAAAUGGGGUCUUUGGGAAGCAGUCUGGCACCACCCAAACGUGCUCUUUCUAUCGUAUCUGCUAGCCAGGACUCCAUCAAGAAAGCCAAACGGGCCAAACUCGACAAAGCCGACAAAUCUACACACACUUAA